AUGCUUUCUUUUCUAAAAAGGAUCCAAAGGUGGCACGAAGAACAUAAGCCCAUCGAGAACCCAGAGAAACAGGGCAACCAAAAAGUCCAAGCACCCCUCGCCGCCCUACACCACGAAGAACGCGAGCUCAUCGAGGUGGAGAAACGGAACAAUCAACAAGCUCAAGCACUCCUAGCCGCCUUACACAAGUUGCAAUGUAACAUGGACCCGUUCAUAGCCGCUCAGACCUACAACAGUCGUUUCUGCCCCCUUACUAGCCGGCUACCAGAUGAGCUCCUCCUCUGUGUACUCGACUUCUUGUCCGAUGAUGUCGUUACGCUAUCAUGUCUCCGGAUAGUCUCGAGGAAAUUUUUUCAUAUGGUUGGCAGCAAGCCGGUCUAUGGGGAAAAUCUGAAACCCAUCAUAUACCAGUCCGAAUCACUCCCAAAGGUUCCAAGGUACCAAUUUCGGCGGCUAUUACAAAGGGAUGGUCGAUGCGAUAAAUGCAAGCGUUGGAACGACACCUGUGACCCUCAAUACUCUGAUUGCAGUAAAUUCGACCCAAGAAUUUACCCGGAUGCUGAUGAUGCAGAGUGGGCCCGGCUUCACCGCAAGCUCCACUGCUACGCCUGCGACAGUCUUCAUAGCGUUUAUGAAUUUUCCUCUGACUAUCAACAAUCUUCAAGCCAUCAUUCAGAACGACGGUGUCUAGGGCAGCAGGGAUCGGUCGAGUUAUGUAAACAUAUUCAAAUCAAUUGGGCCAGUAUCAAGGCCCAUAUUGAUGACUGGCGGCGGCGGCAGCAGUAUCGUGGGGGAGACUGGCGAGCCUGCCUUGAUAGCUUCAACAUCGAGUGUCACGAUGCCAGCCAUGACACACGCUGCACAGCCUCAGAUGAGCCAACUUGGCCUCGAGCCCGUCUGAGCACCAUAUCCAUCGAUUCCACUAGCCCAGGCGCUGUAGUCCUCAGUCUAGAGUGGGCACCUCAUAGCCGCAUUGAUACAAUGAAUCUCACUUCCGACGGUCGAAUACCUGCACCAGAGUUGAGAUUGUUAUUUCAGAGACUUCGAGGUCUAGGCCCUGCCGAUAUCUUGUAUCCUGCGUCCCAUCUGGGCGAUCCACCCGAGAUGGCGUUCUUUGGUCCACUUUCCCAUCGUCGGCAUUUUGUUCACUAUCAGACUGGAGACGAUGACCAAACAAGAUCCCAACCACCUCCACCCCUAUACCUACCGUUUCAGAAACAAAUGGGUCUGGAUUUGCUCGUUGUUCUUCAAAGAGGGCUUCAUGGCAAGAAGCUAGACAUGGAACUGCAUUCUUUGAGAAAUGAUGGUGAUACCUCCAUCGCCUCACACUGUCUUGCACUUCAUUACAAGACAGACAUCAUAAUCUGCAAGGUGAGGGACCUGGCAGAUCCUACUGUCAAGAUCAUCCCCACCGACUGUUGGCUACACGCCAUGGAUACACAAACUUACCCGCAUCCGCAAGCAAGCCAUGUUAGGCCCCCGUGUAGGGACAUUGCUUGUGUCAAUUACUUCAAGAGGCGCAAAGCCCGCCACUACUGCAAGGGCCGGUGUUUCCUUUAG